UACGACUCGUGCCAUCAUUAAAAAAUACAAAACGUUUUUCUCCCCUAAAAAAAGCCCCAGAAGUCACUCCUCUUUCACUGCCAUGGCCACUCGCUCUCUUCUCCUCUUACUUCCUCUCCUCUGCUUCUUCUACCUCUACUCCAACGAAUGGGACGGACCAUGGAAGCUCCCAUUUCGCACCUCGGACAUCCUCCCACUGCUCCCUUUCUCGGUCUUAAGACCCAUCCUCAGCUCAGUGCAUAACGCCGCAGAUCUCCUCCCGACCUUCAUCGGCUCCGUCUCCUCGCCGGAAUCCAACCUCAGUUGGAAGGGCGCUUGCUUCUAUAAGAAUCAAGCCUGGUUGGAGUUUCACAAUAAGAGCAAGUCGCCCUACGGUGGAGGCACUCUCCAUUUAAAGGUUAGUAAUGCGCACAGUUGGACCUGUCUGGAUCUUUACGCCUUCGCAACUCCAUUCCGUGUUACGUGGGACUAUUACUUCUUGUCUCGAGAGCAUACACUUGAAUUUAAUGAAUGGGAGGGAGAAGCAGAAUAUGAAUAUGUAAAACAUCAUGGAGUAUCAAUUUUUCUCAUGAAAUCAGGGAUGCUUGGAACUCUCCGUGCUCUGUGGGAUGUUCUCCCUUUGUUUACAAAUACUGGAUGGGGUGAGAACUCAAAUCUUAAUUUUUUGAAGAAACACAUGGGAGCAAAGUUUGAAGAACGUCCAGAGCCAUGGUUUUCUAGCAUCAAUAUUGAUGACAUCCAUUCAGGGGACUUUUUGGUUUUAUCUAAAAUUCGUGGAAGAUGGGGUGGUUUUGAGACGUUAGAGAAGUGGGUAACUGGUGCGUAUGGUGGUCAUUCUGCUGUUUGCCUGAAGGAUUCAGAAGGAAAGCUAUGGGUUGCGGAGUCUGGGCAUUCAAAUGACAAGGGAGAAGAUAUCAUCGCCAUAUUGCCAUGGGAGGAAUGGUGGGCCUUCGAAUUGAACAAAGAUGACUCGGAUCCGCACAUUGCUUUGCUUCCUUUGCAUCCAAAUCUUCGAGCCAAAUUCAACAUUAGUGCUGCUUGGGAAUAUGCUAGAAGCAUGGAUGGAAAGCCUUAUGGGUACCAUAAUAUGAUCUUCAGUUGGAUAGAUACUAUGAGCGGGAACUACCCGCCACCAUUGGAUGGACAGUUGGUUGCUUCUGGUAUGAUUUUGUGGAGCAAAGUUAUGCCAGAUUAUGCGUCUAAUUUGUGGAAUGAAGCCCUGAACAAAAGACUUGGCACUGAGGGUCUGGAUCUACCUGAUAUUAUAGUAGAGACGGAGAAGCGUGGUUUUUCUUUUGAUCAGCUGCUCACAAUUCCUGAGGAAGAUGAUUGGAUUUAUUCUGAUGGCAGCUCCACCUCUUGCGUGGCUUUUAUACUUCAGAUGUACAAACGUGCCGGUCUUUUCGAUCCAAUUUCCGCAUCCAUACAAGUAACUGAGUUUACGAUCAAAGAUGCAUAUACCCUAAGUUUCUUCGAAAAUAAUUCAAGCCGACUGCCAGAGUGGUGCAAUAGAGAAGACACGGUGAAGCUGCCCUUCUGCCAGAUUAAGGGAAGGUAUAGGAUGGAAUUACCACAUUACAAUACAAUACAGCCUUACCCUCACAUGAAUGAGAAAUGCCCAUCUUUGCCCCCAAAUUAUGAUCGACCAUCUUAUUGCUGAACCUUUUUAUAUUUUAAUAUUUUCAUCUGCUCCUCCUUCCCCCCUUUAUAAAUAUGAAAUUAUGUGGGGAAAUUUAUAAGAUUGUAAAUUUGUUGGCAUUAGGUAGCAUGAAGGAUCACUAUAGAAUUUGAUAUAAACAUGAAUGUUUUUAUGUAUGUAUGUGAAUGUCUUUUUGUUUGAUGUGAAUAAAUAUGAGAAAUAGCACAUAUGUGUAUUUAUGUUUA